AAUCGAGUAUCUUAACAAGAUUUGGCGAAUUAAUUAUCAUUACCUGUAGGAUUUUACAAAAUGGCCAAUAUCACAAUGGCUUGGACUUGUUCUUUGGCUAAGCCAAUGGCACCAAAAUGCAUAAAAGGCAUUUUCUUCUACGGUUACAACGGUGUAUGUCAAAAUUUUGAAUUGCAAAAACAUGAGGCCACCAAUGCAAUCAGCAGCCUUACAGCAAAAUGAAAGCAUUAUACAUCAUCAUCAUCACCAACAGCAACAACAACUUCCACUACAUCAAAUUCAAUUGCACGCAAAAUCUAGUGCUUUAACAAGUGCAUCAGAUUUAAAUAGGCAACAAAUACGAAAAACAAAAUUUCAACAACGAGAAAUUCUAGUUGAGAACCAAUUAAAUUUUGCUUGCUCAGCAACAGCUGCAGCUGCAGUUGAUGCAUCGCCAACACUACCACAAUCCAACUUACAAACGAACUUAGUUACACUCCAUCCACAAACAUAUCAGCAACAGCAAAGCCAGCGACUUUUGCCAAAUCGCCACAACAGUCUGGCGAAUAACUCUAUUGAUGACGAAGAAUACGAUACAAUACAAUUAGUUGACUUGAGUACUACUCCUCCAAGUGCUGAGCAUACAUUUGCCAAGUUUACACGCCGUACUGAUUUUACAAAACGUGAUUCCGCACAACGUUCAUCCAUAAUCAGCGACUGCCAAUAUUCACGUUCAUCGUCGAGUGAAGAUGGUAGCUUAAGCAGUGAAAGAUAUCAGAGCUGUUCACGUUCCAAUAUAUUUGAUGAUGCUGCAGAACAUUUCAUUAUCAAUUUUCCCGGUGAUUCAGCGACGCAUAAUCAAAACGAUAACAUUGUGAACCUACCAUUAUCAGAAACUGAACCACUUCUAACGAACAUCGAGUCGGCACUACUAGAUAAAAAUCGUGCAAUUUGCUUACGAAAGAAUAGCGCUUCAUUGAUUUAUACGAAAAAGGAACAAUUGAAAACUCCUACUACAAUUACAAAAUACAAUCCUCCACCAAAUCCAAAUACAAUAAAAAAUAAUAAUUCUACGCUGCAGACAGGAAUAGUGCAAGGCACAUCCGCUUUAAAUUCACAACAGAAACACUUGCAGGAACAGAGGCGGCAUCAUUUCAGCUUUCAUUCGACUUCAGAGUCAAAUCGUAAGCAAACAAAACACUUACCUGCCACAUAUUAUCAACAGCAACGACGUAGUCUGCAACUAAAUUACAACAACAAUUUAGUAACAACUUCAACGUGUAGUGCUAACAAUAAUUUCUCUUGCUCAUCGGGACUUGAGACUGGUAAAAUUAGUAGUGUACUACAUAAAAAUCGUAGUAACGCUUUACCUGCUCCAUCCAUACCAACAGCUACGGCCUCAACAUCACGUAAGCAACACGCGUACUCCUGGUACGCUCCAGUAUACAGUGCACUUGAGGAGGAACUAGAACAAGAUUCUAGGGACUCCUCGCCGGUACACAAUCUGGCUAAUAUAAGGAAACAUCACUAUCAGCAUCGAUCUGUUAACACUUCAACGUCCACACCGGAUAAUGAAACGGUUGCGCUGCUAGAAACACGUAACCAAAUUAAUAUUCAAGCCCAACUGCACACGGAAGCUUCACAAGACAAGGAAAAAUUACCAAGGAAGCCGAUUUCGACAAUACAAGUACCCGAUUCAUUGCCGUUGCAGAAUACACUCAACGUACGUACAAACAGCUUGAGUGGAAGUGGUGAUUUUAGUAGUGUUGUAGCUCCUAAUAAUUACGAUAUUGAGGGCCCUCAUGCAGGCUCACUUGGGCUUGCAGGGGGCCCAUUGCCACCGCGCAAGCGUAUUAAGAACUUCUUUAAAUCAUUGGUGGGACUUAAAUCGUCAAACGGACGCAGUGGGGGAAAUGCAACGAAUAGUUUUAGUGUAGAUAGCACUAGUGCUGCAGUUACCCUACAAAGGCCCGUUUCACCUGAAAUACGAAUUACACGAACGCCAUCUGAACAGAAUUUAGUUGUAAUACGAACUCCAACUGGAAGGCAAAUUGAAACGUACAAAAGUUCAGAGAAGUUAGUAAAUGGGGUAACGCAAGGAAGUACAUCAUCUUUAAACGUGGUACAGCAAAAGAUACGAAACAUUUUGCGAAGAGAAGACAGCGUAAGUAGUUUAAAUCAUGAGAAGUCACAAUCAGUUGUGCAAUAUAAAGGACUUCGUAAAUGUGAAACGAUGGUUGCAUUAACACGCCAGGCUAGCUUGUGUUCGCCAGUAUUGGGCGAGACUCAAACUGAUGUGGCUGGUACACACAGAACAAGCAGCGGUAUCUUUAAUGCAAACGGUGUGGAACAAAUACGACCGCUCAAUCGUCUACGUACUAGUGCUACCAGCAUUAAUAUGACAUGCUCACGGUGUUCCAGUUUGUUAUCUCUAGCUGCAUCAACUUCUCGUUAUUCAUUAAACGUUGCGUCCACAAGUGGCGUUUCAUUUGCAAAUCCUACAUCGAAUUGUGUACCUUUAAUACAAAAGAGUACUAAUCAUCAUCCGCAAGAACUACAAGAACUGUUCAGAGGCAAUAUCAAAAACUUUCGAAAUAUUGAUUCCAGCCAUGGUAAUAGUCAUGAUAGUAUGGUUGAAAAUGUACCGAGUAAUAUUGGUACUGAACCCAUCUCCAAUAAGCUCAGUAAUAGUUAUAUUUGUUCUCGUAAAAGUUCCACUGGUGUCAAUAGUACACAUAGCAGUACUAGCUUAAGUCCGCCAUCCAAUUUAACAACAGCAACGCUUAAUUCCAGCAUACCGCCAUCUGCAACAAUCACACCCACCACACCUACGCCCACCGCCCCUACCGAUCCACUACAUACAAGCAAAUCUUUGGAAGUAGUAAAAUCGUCAAAUAACCAUACAUUACAUUCUCAAGUUAUUCAACUUCCAAAAGCACCCAUUCUUGAGUCUGUGGACAGAGUUGAUGGAUCAAUGACGAUAGCUUCUAUGCCACCAAAGUCGAGUACAGAGGAAAUACAACGACGACUGAAUGAGUCAUUACCUUUUCAAAGUUUUACGUGUAAAUUAUGUCUUGUCGAUGUUGAAAAUGUUGACGAUUCAACUACUCUGGUUCAGUGUGGCUGUCUUUUUUGCACAGAGAUCAAGAGUAAAUCUGAAUUGAAUCCAGAUUUACCAAUCCACAACGCCAUAAGUAACUAA